UUCCCACCACCUGUGUUUGUCCUGGAGGAGGACUCCUGUUCAGCUCCAUUUCCACCGUUCCCCCAAAUCCUUAUCUUUCCCGAACUGUGUCGUCCCCGCUUCUCCUCUUACUCUCGAAUUGGUCUCUGCAAAGAUCCGACGAGAGAGCACAGGCGAAGCGUCUCAGCUCAACCCAAGCGAAGUUUCGGCGAGCUACCGACCGGCCUUGAUCCCUCCGAGAGGAAGGAGCGAUGAAGCUUUCGAGGCCCUGUUUUGAGUUGAUUUAUCUCAUUAGAUCGUUAAUGCUUUGUAAUGGUGGAGGACGGUUUACGCUUUCAACUCCAUGAAUCAUGAACCCGUUUGUUAGCACUUCGAUGUAUGGAGUCUACCAGAGAACAUGAGCCCUGCAGACUUGGUGUGCGAGUCACCAGUGACGUCAGAUUAUGCCUCUUGAAUAAUGAAGGAAGAUCUGAACUUUUCUACUGCCAUUCCUCCAUAUUGACAGAGAAGAGCAAGUUCUUUGCAGAAAAACUCUCUUCUUUAGAUUCCACGACUUGCAUUGAAAUUAACUGUUCGAAGCUAGACUAUGAUCACCAUGUCAAACUUCUGGAGUUGCUUUAUUUACCUUGCGAGUCGCAUUUGGGCUUCUAUGGCUCUGUGAAAUCUGCUCUCGGUAUACUUCAGGUAGCAAUUGCAUUUCAAUGUGAAGAAAUCACUCACAGCUGCGUCCAGUACCUGGAGGCCAUUCCUUGGGACAACAAGGAAGAAGAGGAGAUAAUGGAAGCUGCAUCCAAGCUUGGUCCGCUCGCCGUGCCGAUAUUAGCCAGGAUUCAACCAGUUGACUUUACGGUCGCUAAAAGUGUUUUUGUUUCUGCAUUUCAUUUUGCCACAUCCACUGCUGGGCCCUGUCCUCCAUUCGGAGAGGAGCUCAAAAGUUCAGCCCAAGAGCAAAUAGAAUUCAUGCUACGGGAAGAUGAGGACAUGCCAUUAAUCACUGUUGAUGACGAGGUAAAAUCAGUUGUUAAAAGGGGUCUUUCUUUUAUGUUCUCCUCAUUCGAAAGCAAGUUGUCCUCCUUGCUUAAUGAAUCGGAUCUUGCGUCCAAGACAGCAGAGGCCGAUAUAUUGCAGGGUUUAAGCGAUAUUGAUUGGAUGAGUGACAUACUGCCGAAAAUGGAGCUAAUGAAGGAUUUUGUCGCAAUGUGGGCAGAAACCUCUGAAAAUAUUUUGGGAAUCGUUGAAGACCAGAAGCUCAAGUCUGUAAUGUGGGGUUUGAAGCUAAAGCUGAUAGAAGUGUGUGGGAAAGUCUUGGAAGCAGUCGGGUACGGAAACGUGAUCCUUCCAGCUGAUUUUCGGGUGCAGAUACUUAAACUGUGGCUCCCUUUUAUAAGAAAAAUGAAACCUCUUCUAGAUUCAAAGAGUGAUGAGGAGGCCAGUUUUCCUUAUAAAAUGGAUGAAGACUUGUGCCAGAGCAUUGAAGGUGCCAUUGUCUCGUUCGUAUUAGCACUGCCAUCGAACGAUCAAGCUGAUAUCCUGGCAGAUUGGAUGAAAGCUGAGCAGGUGAAGUAUCCCGACUUAACCGAGGCCUUCGAAGUAUGGUGCUAUAGGACCAAAUCUGCAAAGAGGCGGUUGACAGAGACAGUGGACGAGGUUGAUGAUGCCCCUAUCAGCUUGUGAUCUGUUAUGGCGCCGUUUUGACCAGUUCUAAAUGAGUAGAUCGAGCUUGAAGGUCCAGUGGGUACGUCUAGCUCUAAUAGAGUUGGUCCUUUUUGCAUGGGCGUUUCUCACCUCUACUAAGAGCACCUUCAAAAUGAAGUUUCAAUCCACAAGAUGAAUAGGAUACAACAGAAAGUGGUUUCGCAUAAUCAUGCGAAUUGCUUGAUCUUGCCAAAGUUGCAAUCAGGAGAACUGGAUAACGAAGUAUAUAUACCUGGUGCCUUAGACUAAGUUUCUUGUGAAAGUAUUCAGCUAAUUUUAAUCUAAUAACUGCACGGAGUGUACCAUCAAGUUAUGGUUCCUCCAUUACAAGCUGACAUCUCAAGGAAGUAAAACAUUUUGGCAAGGUGUCCUGACACAUCAUUCCUACUGUACUUCUUUUAUGCCUGUUUCAACAUGACCAUAUUGAUCGUUGGGUAAGAUGCAGCUACUUGUAUUGUAUCACAGAUACAGCUGAAUUUGAUUUUCCUUUUCAAGCAAUAAGAUGCUUAUUGCUGAAGAAAAGAAACCUUGUGCAAUCGCUCAUUGUAAACCUGCCUUUCCUGCAAUUUUAUGAGCUAAAUUUCUUUGA